AAUUCGUGUUAAUAAUAGUUAAUUAGAAGCUGAUGAAAUUCGUUGCAUUUCUAAUCGUUUCGUUUAUUUUUAAAUAGCAUUUUAUUUGUUGUAUUGCUGAAUUUCUUGCUAUGUUAUCACAUGAUACACUUCAUUCAAAACAAGUUAUUAAAGUACAAGAUUUAAUAAAACAUUAUGAUUCAUUAUUAGCAAGUGGACAUGAACCUGAAACACAUGCUUUGGCAGCAUUAAAAGCAGUUUUAUAUGAUUUUUUUCUUGAUCAAUCACUUUUGGAUAUUUAUUCCACACAAUUAACACUAUUUGAUGUUGUGUCAUCAGUUGAAUUACGAUCAAUUGAUUCAUUUGUUACUGCUUUUCGAGCAUUAAAAAAAACAUCAUUUCUUAGUUGUGAAACAGAUCAAAUAAUAUCAUGUUGUACAUUAUCGAAAACACUAUUAUCAAUAUUUGAAUAUCUUUAUCAACGACAUGGUUUAACUAUAUCAAAUAUAUUAUAA